CCCUGUUGCCCUUCUCCACUUCGAUUUUUUUUUUUUUUUACGUUCUCCAUCCGAUCUUCCCUUCUCCACUCCGAUCUUCUUCCUGCCGCAGGUCUCCCAUCCGCAAUCUUCGCCGACGUCCCAGCCGCAGCGCCGCAACUCCAACACAUGCAGGCGACUCCAUUCUCUCCGGCGUGAAGGGUUUCAGGCUUAACCAUGAACCCUAGCUCUACCUACCGCCCCAUAGAAGAAGAAGAAGAGGAAGAUGAUGGAUAUGGAGGAGAGGUGUACCUAGACGAAAUUGAUGCCAUACAAGAAAUCUCAGUGGAUGAAGAAGAACUUCCGAAUGCCGAGGAAGGUGGAGAUGGUGAUUAUGACAUCGAAGGAGAAGAAGAUGAAGAUGAUUCGGUGCAUAUUUUCACAGGCCACAGUGGUGAAGUUUACGCUGCCUGCUGCAGCAGCACAGAUCCUACUUUAGUUGCUACAGGGGGUGAAGAUGAGAAAGGGUUUAUGUGGAGAAUUUGUCAAGGAAAUUUUACUUUUGAGUUGCAAGGUCACAAUGAGUCAGUAUCAAGUGUAGCAUUCAGUUUCGAUGGCAUGCUGCUUGCCUCAGGUAGCUUUGAUGGGCUUAUAAAAGUGUGGGAUGUAGCUUCUAGAAAUCUUAAAUGCACACUAGAAGGUACAGACAAAGGAAUUGAGUGGCUAAGAUGGCACCCAAGAGGGCAUUUGAUCUUGGCUGGUUCAGAGGAUGGCAUUGCUUUCUUGUGGAAUGCAGACAAUGGUGCUUGUCUUAAUAUGUUUAGAGGCCAUGGACAAAGUGUUACCUGUGGCGAUUUCACCCCAGAUGGCAGAAAAAUUUGUACUGGCUCAGAUGAUGCAACUUUAAGAGUUUGGAACCCACGAACUGCUGAAAGCAUUCAUGUUGUGAGAGGCCACUCAUACCACCGAGAGGGGAUUAUAUGCUUGGCAAUCAGCUCAGAUUCAUCACUAGCUCUCACUGGCUCCAAGGAUGGCUCGAUUCACAUUGUGAACAUUACAAAUGGGAGGGUUGUCAGCUCUCUGCGUGAUCAUGUUGAAUCAAUUGAAUGUAUUGGACUUUCAGCAAGCAAUCCUUGGGCUGCAACUGGAAGCGCGGACCAAAAGCUCAUUAUUUGGGAUCUACAACAUUCGGUGCCCCGUUGCACGUGUCAUCAUCCGGGAGGAGUGACAUGCUUGUUGUGGUUAGGCACAUCAAAGUAUGUGGCUACAGGCUGCGUUGAUGGCAAAGUACGGAUUUGGGACAGCCUUUCGGGAAGCUGUGUGAAAACUCUAAGUGGACAUUCUGAUGUCAUUCAAUCUGUAGCUUCUUCUUCAGAUGGGGAUUACCUUGUUUCUACUUCGACCGACAAGACUGCCCGUGUCUUUGAGAUUAAAGAAUUCAAGUAAGAGAAAACGCAUAAUUUUGGGUAGUUUUAGCCUCAUCACGUAAAAGACACAUCGCAUUAUCUUGCUUGGCCCCUCUGUUCAUUUCUUUUUCUGAACUAUACAAAAGAAGUAUAAACCAGCUAUAUAUGGCCAUGUUUGCUUGGAGCCAUUUAUCAGGUCAUUCAAUUUUGGGGCUACCUGUUUGGGAUUGACAUCCCAUAAAUUAGUCAUGUUUUUAAUUUUGGAAAAGUUUUUGUGGCUCAUUAUUUCUAUCUUCUUUGUGUCACAUUCAAUCACACACAAUUUUAAGUUUCUUAAGCUUCGUGCCGAACCAAAUGUGGUAUAGUAAUUUGGGAUGGAGGAUGUUCUCCGUAACACAACAAUAAACCCAAUAAGAUCUAUCUCACAAA